AUGUCAAUUACUGAUAUAAUUUCAAAAAGUGGCUUGUUCAACCGCCUAUAUGAUGCUGCUGCUCAAGGAUCAACAUUUGAUAAAAUCGCUUUCAAAAAUGAAGAUGAGAUAUUCUUUGCCCAUGGAUCCACCAUCAGAUAUUUUAAAUCUUCAGAGGGUCCUUCCUAUUCAGUCUUAAAUGUUGCAGGACUUGACUUUGAUAUCCAUGGUCUUCAAUUGAACAGCUCGGGUACUCUUUUAACUGCUUACGAUGAGAAGAGUAUAAUUGUCAUUUCUCUUUCCUUCAAUAGAGCUACAAAGAGUGAAGAAAAUGAAAUAAAAACAAAUUCCUUCAAAAUUGGCUCUUCUAUUUACAACAAAAGCAACCAUAUUAUACAACUGCUUUGGAACAAACUUUCAAGAUUUGAUUCAUCUCUUUUGGUUCUUUCAAGUGAUGGUGCUAUCAGAACAUUCAACAUUAGACUUUCACCUGAUCAUCCAGACAGCAUUUUUGACCUUAAACAAACACACUCAAGAAAAAUUGGUCUUUCAGAAAACACAAUCAAUGAUCCAAUCUCAAUGUGCUUUGGAAAUAGUGAGACCUUAUCAGGUGCAUUGACUCUUUAUAUUUUGAACAAAGAGGGAGACAUAUUUGCAAUUUAUCCAUUCGUUUCCAAAGAAGUAGCUGUUUCUAAAGUUUUGGUUGAGGAUCUUUUGAAUGAGUCAUUGUUGUUAUCACAUAACAGUACAAGAAAUGGAGAUCUUUCAUUGAACGAACAACUUCGUUUUGUCACUAAUUUAUGGGAUCAAGUAUCAACUUCACAGAAAGAGCUUAGAGGUACUCGUGAAUUAUGCAUUUUAAAAACAGACGUUUCCAAUUACCAAAUACAAGGACCGUACGCUAUCAAACCAUAUCCUACAACUCUUUAUGAAGACUAUGGUUCUAGUAUAUCAAGCUUCACAUUCAAGGAUUUACAUUUAUUAUUGAUUUCAUACCAACAGAAUGGGUUUGUGGCUGUUCUCCCUGAUCAGAAUUUGAGAAUGAAGAUUAACCAAAAUGAAGACCUUUUGGAUUCAGACACUCAUAUCCCAGCUUUAUCAUUGGUACAACAUGUCAUGUUUGGCAAAUCACUACCUACAAAACUUGGUCGACAACUCGACGAUUUCAGUUAUGCUGCUAUAGUUGGGCACUCCAUCAUUAGACUAGACUUCACAUCCAUGGUUGAGGAAUUCACCAAUACACUCAAUAAUAAUGGCUUUAAUGAAUUUAACCCACAAAUAAAUAUAGAGGUGGAGCCUAUUUUAAGGCUUCAGGAAAACGAAUUUUUAGAAGGAUUACUGCAGUUAGAGGAUACCAACAAUCAAACCAUGUUACUCUUAACUAACUCAAAUAUGAGAUUCACCACCAAUAAAAAGGCAUUAAAUCCUGAUUUUGAAGAGUUUUCUAAGGACACUGAAGAAGGAAAUGAACUUCAAGAGCGUUUCUUAAAGGGACCGUAUGUUGAAAUUGAAAACUUGUUGAGACUUAUUGGUACUGUGAAUAUUUCAUCUGGUGCAGCUGAUGGCUCUAAUAUCAGUGCUAAUGACCACUUUUUACGUGAAUUGAACGCAAUUUCAACACAAGCUUUACAACACAUUGUUACGUUCCACAAGUUAGCACUCUCUCUUAAUGAUAGAUUAAUUAAUCAAAGAUUGGAAUUGAAAAGACAAGUCAAAGAUGCGUAUGAGUCGACAGAAAGGUUAAAAAAGUUGAAAGAAAAGAUUGAUUCAAAUAAAAAGUCAACCUCACAAUUAAGUGAAAGACAGGAAAAAAUCGAUAUCAGGUUCAAGAACCUCCAAGAAAAACUAAAAAAUGUGAAUGAUCUUCCGUUGAGCUCUAAGGAGAGACAAUGGUUUAAAGAAGUCAAAAACCUAACUUUAUUUUUCAACAAAGGAGUUAAACAAAAUAAGGAGUUGAGGGAGCAGUUGGUUUUCAUCAAGAAUACACUCCAAACGUCAUCAUCUCAUGUUAAUUCAGACUCAUAUACUGAUAAUAAUGAUUGGCAAGCAUUGAAUGAUGUUAUAAAAGAAGGAAGUCUGCUUCUGAAAAGUACAAAAGAACAGUUAGAAGAAAAUUCAGCUCAAUUUGGUAAAAACUUGAAUGAAUCUUACUUUAAAUAA